UUUUCUUUUUUUUUGCUACAGUUCAGUAGACAGUCUUGUAAACUCUCAUGCAUUCUGCAUGUCGUAACGUAGUGGAUUCAUUUAUUCCCGUCACACACAUAAGCAAGAUGGAGGAUCUCGCAGUCGAAGUAUGCGGCGAAAACGGAGCGUAUUAUAAGGCACAUGUCACAGAUGUAUUCGAAGAUGAAGUAUUGGUAGCAUUUGUUAAUGACUGGCAACCAGAAUCAAAAUUUUCAUUUGCUCAAGUAAGAUUACCGGCACAAAAUGACUCAAAAGCAGAAUAUCAACAAGACCAAGAAGUUGAAGUAUACUCAAGGGCCAACGACACGGAAGCGUGUGGUUGGUGGAAGGCAAUCAUCAAGAUGAUUAAAGGUAACUUCCAAGUUGUUGAAUACCUCGGUUGGGAAAAUUACACAGAAAUUGUUCCUGAAGAUCGUACCAGAAUGAAAAAUACAAAUCCACCAAUUGAUAAAAAUACAUUUUACAAGAUGGAAUUAGAAGUACCUGAAGACAUACGAGAAUUUGCUAAAUUAGAAGGUGUACACAAAGAAUUUCAAAAAGCAACAUGUGCAGCUUCUUGUCGUUACAUACCAGAAAGAGGAGUAUUAUUAUUACUAUCACGUAAUGAAAAUAUGCUACGACACAGUAGUAUGAUGAAAGAAAUGUACUUCCGAAAUCUGUCACAAAAGGUUCUAUUGUUGAAAAAAACUGAAGAAGCAGCUCGUCAACUAGAGUCAACAAAACUUCAAACAACAGGAGGCAAAUUUAGAUCAUCAAACUUUAAUUAUCAGCGUGUCUCAGACUUUGAGACAGGAGCCAGGGAUAAUUCAAGAUAUACAGACGAAUUUAAUGUUCGUGAAGAUCUCAUGGGUUUAGCUAUUGGUGCACAUGGAGCAAAUAUUCAACAGGCAAGAAAAGUCGAGGGCAUCACAAACAUUGAGCUGGAAGAAAAUUCGUGUACAUUUAAAAUUUAUGGCGAGACACAAGAAGCAGUUAAAAAAGCACGCUCAAUGUUGGAGUACAGUGAAGAAUCCAUACAAGUUCCCCGAGUUUUAGUUGGCAAAGUCAUUGGAAAAAACGGUCGUAACAUUCAAGAAAUUGUUGACAAGAGUAGUGUGAUAACAUCUGGCUCGAGUGGGAAUGUACAUACUGAUAGAGUGAGAGUUAAAAUUGAAGGUGACAAUGAACCACAGCCUACAAUACCUCGUGAAGAAGGUCAGGUACCUUUUGUAUUUGUUGGCACUGUUGAGAGUAUUGCAAAUGCCAAGGUUUUCCUCGAAUAUCACUUAUCAUGCUUAAGGGAAGUUGAACAAAUUCGACAAGCAAAAUUAGAAAUUGAUCAGCAAUUAAGAUCAGUAAUGCAUGGAUCAACAACAGGACCAAUGCCAAGUUUUCCACCAACGAGACGUGGUGGAUCAUCAGGACCAGAUGAAAAUUCUGGUGGACGUGGUGGACGAGGAGGACAAUCAAGAGGUCGAGGAAGGGGCAGGGCCCCAGCAAGACACAAUACCGGAAAUCGUAGAGACACAUUAGAUGGUAAUGAUGAUCGAGUUCGUGAUAUGCCACCUCGAGGAGGACACCAUCAAGGAGGUCACCAAGGCCAUCAAGGUCAUCAGGGUCAUCAAGGUACAGGUGGUUACAUGGGAGGAAGACAAGGUAGACCACCACCACAAAGACGAGAUCGUCGGGAUGAUCGACGUCGUACCACUGAUGACGAAGAAACAGUACUUGAUAGCCAAGAUGGAAACAACAUGGACAGAGGAAAUAACUCAGGACCUAAUGAACAAUCUAUAAUUGUAACUAAGGAUGGUUCAAAUAUAUCAAAUGACAUAAGUUCAAAUAAUGGUGGUUCACAAGGUCCAAAGGGACAACGAGAACGUCGUCGUGAUUGGCGUACACCACAAAAUAACAAACCCAAGGAAGCAAUGGUUAAUGGUACCAGUGGUUAAAAAGACAAUUUUUUUUUUUUUCCAUUAUUAAACUUCAAAUUGCAUUAGUGUCAAAGAUAUUUUAUUGCAAGCUGAAUGUUAUUGAUAUUAACGAGGAUGAAAACAAAACUAAAAAAAAAAAAAAAUUAAAAAAAAAACAAAAAAAUAUUUAAAAAAACAAAAAAACAACAACGUACAUAUACUUAUAACUUUAUUGAAGAUUAAGAGAAAUAAAAAAAAAUGAUUAAAAAUCAAAUAUUAUGAUAAAUGAAGGCUUAUCAACAUCAAAGUACUGAGAAAAACAUGACGAAAUAACCUGGUGAUUAAAAGACAAAUAAAAUGGCUUUGAAAAACGGCAUUAUUAUUGAUAAAUAUGAUAUGAUGGUUUGGAUUUACAUAUUUGUUUUAUGAAACUCUGCUGCUAACUGAUAUUGGAUGAAAAAAAAAAAGCCACAAUUGUUAUCAGUAAGUUAAUUAAAAUAAAAACAAAAUAAUUAAUAAAUAAUAAAAAUAUCAUUUCAUCAUUCUACUUAAAUAAAAGUAAUGAAAAAUAAUAAAAAAAAUUUAAAAACAUAUUGAGGAGAUAAAGUGAAUCACAUUUAAGGACAUAUUUAAUAUUCAUUUGCGUGUGAUUUAGUUUGAUAAAAGAAAAUAAUGGUUUGAUAAAUAUAAACAUUUCAUUGGGAGUAUCAAGGAAUGAGACAAAAGAUAAAACUAAAUAACAAAAAACGCACUAAUGAAGAUAAAAAAAAAAACAGCAUACAAUUAUUCGAAUCAAGAGGUGAUUUAUUCCAGUUAAAAAACAAAUAUAUACUGCGAGGAAAUUAUCACGAGACUUUCCCGAAUUGUGAAACUGUGCCUCACAUUUUUUUUCUUUUUUUUUUUCUUUUUAAAAAACUAUAAUACCUAGACAAAAAAAAAAAACAUAAACGAUCAGAUUUAAAUGGAGAAUUGAUAUUUGCAAUGAUUAAAAAUUUUUGCAAAAGUGAAUGAUCAUUUAAAAAAUUAUCAUCGUUUACAAAAAAAUUGCAGUGUCAUUAGCUCAAACUUAAUUUCCAUGAACUGUUUGUUUAUUCAUUCCCAAUGAUGUUCCUUCUUUUUUUUUUUUUUUUUAAUUUUUUUUCAUAAUGUUAAAUUGUUUGUCUUUUUAAUUUUAUUUUUUUUUUGUUUGUUAUUAAUUAUUAUUAUUUUUUUCUACAGUACUCUCAAUGUUUCUAUUCUGAGAGAUAAAUAAUUAGUUUGUACUCAAUUUAAAAUUACCUAUCUAAUUAAUUGGUAUAAAACAAUGAAAAGAAAAAAAAAAUAGUUACAUGUAAUGAAACAAAGUAAUUGACAGUGUAUUGUUUUUUCUAUUUAAUAUUAUAUUAUAUAAUAAUUAUUAUUAUUUUUGUGGUUUAAAUUGCUUGCUUGUUUUUUUUUUUUUCGUUAUUUCGAUAAAGAAAAAAAUCAUCAUCAUCAACAGUAACUUAUUUAUAACUAAUGUUGAUGAAUAAAAAAAAAUUUUUUUCUACAAAAAUUUAAAGCAGGAAUUUCUAGGUGAUUGAUAGAAAAAAAAAAUUAAUAAAAACAUCGGAAAUUUAAGCCUAAAAAAGUACACGAAAAUAAAUUAUGAAAAAGUAAAAAAUAACAACUUCAUGUAUUUAGCGAUAGCAAUGUAUGAUGUGCCAGACAGAAAAAGAAAAAAAAAAAAAACAAAAAAAAAAAUUGAUACAUGUUUUAUGAUACCUAGCAAGUGCAGACUUAGCACAUUACCUUUAUUAAAAGAAAUAUUUACCUUAAAUAUUACCUACUUAGUCGAAAAAAAAAAAAAAAGAUAAUUAAAAAAAAAAUUA